AAAACACAGUUUUGCCGCCAUCGCUUCGAACGAACCGCCAGAAUCACAAACUGGAGCUGGUUUUGCGGGUGGCGCGUUUUAAUUUUAUGCCUCGUCGUCGGCUGCGCUGAAAAAAGUAAUUAGUGAGCGAUUAACUAGUGAAUUGGAGUUCUGAAUUGGUGAAAUUUUAGUGCACAAUGUGGUGAUUGUAUCGAUGAGUUGAUUUGCCGUGGUAUUUGGUCGAAAAUCAUACGAAAAAAUGCGUCAAACGAGAUCUACUCCGAAGACCGCCUCGAAAAAGACUCCGUCUUCGUCAUCGAAGUUCCCGUCUUCCUGCUGUUUCAUUUGCAAGAGCCCCGAAAAUGACGAACUCUUUCUGGGGAAGUUCCACAAAAAGUGGCGCCUUCAGGUGCACUAUCAUUGCUUGCUUCUGACCUCGAAUCUGGUUCAAAAUGGGGACGAUGAGGAGGGAAUUUUCGGAUUCAUGGAGGAGGACAUCAGGAAUGAAGAAGCCCGGAUCCGAGGCCAGAAGUGCUACAUCUGCAAGGAACAGUAUGCCAAUAUAUCGUGCUGCGCCAAGAAGUGCUUCCGUACGUUUCAUACCGUUUGUGGCCUGAAGAAUGGUUGUCUGUCCCACUAUGUGGACACGUUCCAGUCCUGGUGUGAUAAGCACAUCGAACUGGUUGACGCGGAGAAACAUUCGGAGACGGAAGCCUGCGGGAUUUGCUACGAUGAAAUGGGACCGUACCGGAAGCUGGAGUCGAUUCGUGCCCCGUGCUGUCAUAAUGGCUGGUUCCAUCGGCGAUGCGUGGCCCAAUUUGCCCAAUCGGCCGGGUAUUUCUUCAAGUGCCCUCUGUGUAACAACAAGGACGACUUCAGCCAGUUGAUUCGACAGCGUGGGGUGUACAUUCCGGAAAAGGACGCCUCAUGGGAGCUGGAACCGAAUGCAUUCGACGAUCAGUUGGAACGUCCUUCGGAGUGCGACGCGGAGGAAUGCCGUUGUCGAUACGGUCGAGAUUUUGACGACUGCAAGCGAUGGGAUCUUAUAAUGUGUGCAACAUGUGGCUCAACUUGUCGUCACGAUCAGUGCAUGGAUGUGCCCUCGAAAAACUACGUUUGCACCUUUUGCCGGCCGAUUGUGGGUGACGAGCCUCCAGCUGGUGUGUUGGAGUUGGCAGAAGCAUCCAGAAGGGCGGAAGAAGCUAGACGAGCAGCGGCAGAAAAAGAAAACGGUUCCGGUGGGAGCAGACGAGACAAUUCACGAAACUCGAGAAACAGAGCUCGAGAUGGAUCUCAAUCGGACUGCUCCGAUUCGGACAGUUCAGUGGAAGACACUUCAACAAAACGCAAGAAGACCAAAAGAUGCAUUGAAUCGUCUGAAUCUAGUGCUUCCUCUCCAAUCAUUACCAAUAAAAAACGCAAAUCCCAGAAAAGACUAACCGUACUUGAUAGCGAAGACAGCGAUUCGGACGUAGUACCGAAACGGAGAAAGUCAAUCACUCAAAGGCGAUUGUCUUCCUCUUCGUCCUACUCUUCGCUAAUUUCUUCUAACGGAGAAGAAAUCAGUUUGAAGGAGUUGGUUCAGAAGAUUCCCCUUCCGCGAGGGGCAUCGGUCGAGAAACUAAUCAACGCGAAACCAGUCGUAAAAGUGGAAAAGCUGUCAGAGGAAAAAAUCAAAACCCUAGCAUCCUCCGAGAACGAGGACGAAGAAGUGUCAUCGACGGGUUCGUCAGCCGUCUUCGACUUCAACUACCGUGUCAAGUUGAACAGGAAGCAACGGCACAAAUCGAUGAUCGAAAUGCCGGCCAUCAAGGAAGCUAUCCGCUCCGACACGGACACGCUGACCGAUGCCUCAGUCGGUGGGAAAGAGGCUAUAUCCCGUCCGAAAACACCCGCCAGCCAGAAACCGUUCGCCAAGCAGUUCAAGCUGAAACUGCUGGGCUCCAAAUCGGGGCCACGGAAGCGUUCUACCAGCGAAUCAGAUCCGGACGUUAUUGCAGCGAAGAAACCAUGUUCAACAAUGGAUCUACCGCCCAGCAAGUCUCGCAUAUCGCUGUUUCCCUCUCAAGACGAGGAAAAUACCUGCCCCAACAGUCCUAGGAAGGCCUCCAUCGAACCAAUCGCCUUCGAAUCUGCCCAAGAGUCGCAGAAAAUCCCAGCACCUUCUCCGGUAAAGAUGAAACUUUCCAACCACAACCAGCCAUCCAUCGUGUUCCCGCCCACUCCCCCAACAUCCACUGGGGAAAGCACUAAAUCGGCGUCGCAUAUUUCCCACCAGCAGAAGACGCUGAAUGCAUUCUUCAAGAUAAACUCCCCGGUGGAGGAUGCAUCCGGUGAUGUCGUCGUUGGCCCGGAAGCUGCUGCCGUAGGACAAUCAUCCCAGAGUAGUGCAAUAGGAGGGACCGCGACCGAAAGAAAUUGUAGCAGCAGCAGCAGCGGCGGAAACAGCGCAAAGAUUGGGAAGAGUGUGAAAAAAUCGGCCGCAACCAAGACGCCGAAAAGUGCGCCGCGGAAAAAGCUGAUCCAAAUGGAUCGAAGCCAACGCAAUCUACUGGAUUAUUUCAAUCGCUGCUGACGCUCAAACCCCGGAGAGCGGACUGUUUGAUUUCGUUGCACACUGGACCCAGGACAUUGUUCCGAUAUGGAGCGGAUUAUUUUUGACAUUGCAUUAUUUUUCUCAGUUUAUCACUACAAAUUUUAUAUUGAUUAAAAUGUCAGUUUUUUUUUAUACAUUAUUGAUGAGAAUUCGAUAUUAGGUAGGUAUCGUAGAGUGAAUUAUAAAUAAAGCGCAUAAUAGUAAUGCUCGACAAACGUG